UGGAAGGUCGAGGCAAGUCUCAACAUCAUGAAGCUCGCAAUCGCAGCCAUUGUCUUCAUCUGCGCACUAGCUGGGACGCAGUACGGCACUGCGAACCUCAGAUCCUCAAUUCUCCAUCGGUCUGCUAGUGACAACUCCAGUUGCGCGACUAUGGGACUCUUCAGUCCAUUAUGCAGCACACUGAGCGAAACAUCAAACUGCUUCGACAUUUGUGGCGGAAAUGAAACUGCAAUCGAAACCGUUGAACUCUGUAUCAACAAACCAGGAGGGAAAUUCAAAAUCGGGGACAGAGUAGAGUGCGUGGCUUCUGUACAAGUAGAUCAUCCGCCGAUCGGAAAUCUGUACUAUGAUGUUCAAGUCACGUUUACAGGGGGAAGGAAAGUAAGCUGGGGAGAUGGAAUAUGUGGUUCUAGUCCAGAGUAUUGCCGCACAACAAACUUAAAGAUCAAUAUGUCUGUACAAAUUCCAGACACGUGGUCUUCUUAUAUAGGUCGCGCUCAGGCCCGUCUUGUUCUAAGAGAUGGUGUUGGAACUAUCUUGUGUCUCAAUGGAUCUGCUACUCUCGAGAAAUGAAUUACAUGUAGGCGGUGUGAUGAACAUUGUCACGGGUGGCUGUCUAGAUAGCAUAUACACUAGAACAUCGUGAACUCAAGCUUUACUUCAAAAUUAGUAAAGUAGUUUAGAAUAGCCUCGUACCAGACCCUCUCGCGCCGUCGUGCCCGGUUCCCGUAUAACACGACAACGCCGGGGAGGGUCUGGGAUCAUACCGCCUACUUUCUUCACCUAGUGUCACCUCACGUCAUCUAAGUGUCACCCCACGUCACCAACGUCAACACUCUCAUGCUCUUAGCUAAUUAUGAAUCCAUCCUUCCAUUAAAGAUAUGCUAGCUGUGAUAUCCGAUUGCAUACAUUCGCUGUUACAUUUCGUUCCUGUACA